AUGACGCAUUAUCUGUGCUUGGCUCCAGCGACCUUUGCAUCGCUUUCAUUGGUUAGUGUGCGCAGAGCGUACGCGAAGGACAGUGCCAUGAGAAAGCGCCCCGCCACUUCCAAUUUGGGCUCAGCUCUUCUAUUUGUGGUGUGUGGUGCACAGGCGCAGCUCCCGGCAAGUUACCACGAGCAGCUUCAGGACCACUUUGACUCGGCCAACAACAAUACCUGGCCACAAGCCUAUUAUGUGAACUCAACCUACUGGAAGCCUGGGAGCAAGUCACCUAUCUUCCUCUGUGUGGGUGGAGAAGGCCCGCCACUGGAUAGUUCUGCUGUCAACCACUCGGUUCACUGCAACCUCGCGGUGGAAUGGCUUCGUGACAAGGGGGCUUUGAUGUUUGCCCUAGAGCAUCGGUACUACGGCUGUCACAACAGAUCCGCGUGCCCUGUAGAAGACCUGGAUGCUCCAGACUCUCUGCGCUUCUUGUCUUCGCGGCAGGCUGUGGAAGACGUAGCUCACUUUGUAAGGGCUAUGAAGGUCCAGUACAAGCUGACGCUGCAAAACCGUUGGAUGACCUGGGGUGGGAGCUACCCAGGGAUGCUGGCAGCAUGGUCAAGGCUGAAGCAUCCUGAACUGAUCCAUGCCUCUAUUGCAUCUUCUGCACCAGUUGCAGCGACCUACGACAUGCCCCAGUACCUGGACCAUGUGGCUUAUGCUUACACGGUUGCCGACAGCGGUGUCGGUGGCAGCCUUGCUUGCAGAGACGCAAUCAGAAAAGGGCACUCUUGGGUCGAGGCUCGCUUUAUGGCGAGUGAUGUGGCGGCCGUCACGGAAAAGUUCGGGCUAGCUGAAGGAAGCCUCGGAUCACUUGACAGUCGCAUCGCCUUCGGUUCAAGUGGAGUAGCUGACUUCCCCGCCCAGGAGAAUGACCCGCUGUGCACAGAGCCUGCCUGCAACAUUGCCAAAGUCUGUGCAGUCAUGACAAACGAGUCCUUGGGUGAUGAAGUGCAGCGGCUUGUUCAACUUCGCAAGCUGCAGAAAAUCUCAGGGCUUCCGCAAAUGGGAACACUCCGGGUGAACCGAGCUUUGGGCCGGGCAUCGUCGUUGCGCAUGGGCCUCCAUGGCAUCUACCGCCAAGGGUCUGGGCUCCCGGACUUCUGGUUUUACCAGACAUGCAAGGAGUUUGGGUUCUACCAAACAUGUGCAGCCGCGGGGGGUUGCAUGUUCGUUCGCGGUCUAGACAAUGCAAGCUUCUACGCCGCUGGAUGCGUAAAACAGUUUAACAUCAGUGUGGCAGACGUCCAAAGCAACAUCGAUGCUACAAACUACCACUACGGUGGGCGGGAGCCACUUGAUGCCAAGGGCAAGCUGGGCCGCUGUGUGAUGUUUCCCAAUGGCCAGGUCGAUCCUUGGUCAACACAGAGUGUGCUUCAAGCCCCGAGCCGUGACCUUCCCAUCUUGAUGAUUGCAGGGGCAUCGCACCAUGCAUGGACUUGGCCGUCACGACCAGAUGACCAAGAGAGUGUUAUGGCAGCCCGGACGACCAUCCGACAGCAGGCAAACACUUUCCUCAGACAAUCUUGUAGCGAGGAUUCUUUAGACAAUGGCCACAGCAACAACAAUGUGGUGUGGAUCCUUGCGUGUGUCGUUGCAAGCAUCGUUCUGCUUGCCCUCACCGUUACAGCAGUGCGGCGGUGCCGCAGGCCUCGAAGAAAUGCCCUCUUGUCGUCGAACGUCAGCCUUCAGAACAGAUAG